AUGAGUGUGGUCAAUGGUGUUGACACUCUAAAGGUUAAAAGUUCUUAUGAUGAAAACGAUAAGAAAAGAAUACUUAAUGAAAAGAAAGCUAUCAAUAGUCUUCAAAGUGCAUUAAGUAUGGAUGAGUUCUUCCGCAUAUCUCAAUGUAAAUCGGAAAAAGAAAUAUGUGACACUUUGGUGGAGACUCACAAAGGAACCGCUGAAGUUAAAAGAUCCAUAUUAAACACAUUGAGUCAAGAAUAUGAAAUGUUCAGAAUGCAGCCCGGAGAAUCCAUUGUUGCAUUACAGAAAAUAUUUGUUCACUUGACGUAUCAUUUAAUUGCUCUCGGAAAAACAUUUAUAAAUGAUCAUCUCAACCUUAAAGUGCUAAGAUCCUUGACUAGAGAAUGGAAACCAAAACUAACGGCCAUAUCGGGGAAGAAAAGUCUUUCCAGUAUGACAUCAACAUCAUUAUUCAGAAAACUCCAAGAACAUGAACUUAAACUUGGAAGACUUGAGCAUGAAAGUCAAGAAAAGGAAUCCAAAGGAAUUGCUUUAAAAGUAGAUUCAAAGGAAGAUAAAGAUGAUGGUGCACCAAAAGAAGAUGAAAAUUUCAUACUCCUUGUUAAAAGGAUUUGUAAUCUUUUUAGUAAAAAUGACAAACCCUUUUGUGCAAAAAGAAAUAAACAUUUCAAGAAAAAUGAGGCUUCCACAUCUACACAAGAAGUCACAUGUUAUGAAUGUGGAAAGCAAGGUCAUAUAAAGCCGGAUUGUCUGAAACUCUCCAAGAAAGGUAGCUUUAAAGGCAAGAAGGAUUUCAAGAAUAAAAAGGCGUAUGUUGCAUGGGAAGAGAAUGAUAUAAGUUCUUCAUCCGGAUCGGAAAGCGACGAAUGUGCAAAUCUAGCAUUAAAGGCUUCACAUCAUUCCGAUGAUGAAGAGAUGAGGUAUGAGAAAGGAAAAAUUGGGUUGGAAGGUGUCCUUAGCCAACAAAGAUAUUCCAAUGACAAAAGUGGACUUGGUUAUUCAAAGUUUUCCAAACCAAGGUCUAGAAAAACUAUCUUUGUUAAAGCUAAUGACCAACCAACUAAAGAGAAAGUGAACAAGGCAAAAAAUGUUCAUCACUAUCCUAAAAGAAAAAUAUUUUCUAAAAAGAAAUCUUAUGUUCCUACAUAUAGAAGCAAUUUUGAACCUACUUGUUUUUAUUACGGAAUAAUUGGCCAUACACCUAAUGCAUGCUAUGUAUUCUUGAAAACCACAUUAAACCUUUGGUAUCUUGAUAGUAGGUGUUCCAAGCAUAUGAUGGGAGACAUUAACAAAUUUGCAAAUCAAGCAUUGAAGGGAAAGGUAAAAUGUCUCAUGGUGAACAAUAAUGAGUCAUGGCUUUGGCAUAAAAGAUUCGCACAUAUUCAUAUGGAACAUUUGAAUAAGCUUAUAAAGCAUGAUCUUGUUAUUGGAUUUCCUAAGAUAAAAUUCGUCAAAGCUAGGCUAUGUGAUGCAUGUCAAAAGGGAAAACAAACUAAAUCAACUUUCAUAUCAAAGAAUGUGGUGUCCACUAUAAGGCCACUACAACUGUUGCAUAUGGACUUAUUUGGUCCAUCAAGAACAAGAAGCUUAUGA